UCUCAUCUUUGCUUCCUGACCCGACAGAAAUAGAAAAUAUGUCAAUUUGUACGAGAAAUCAGUCACCUCUGGCAUCGCCGCCGCCACCGGAUCCGGUUGAAGCUGAAAGAAAUGACUCACCUGCGUCGCCGCCGCCACCGGAUCUGGUUGAAGCUGAAAGAAAUGACUCACCUGCGUCGCCGCCGCCACCGGAUCUGGUUGAAGCUGAAAGAAAUGACUCACCUGCGUCGCCGCCGCCACCGGAUCCGGUUGAAGCUGAAAGAAAUGACUCACCUGGUUCGCCGCCGCCACCGGAUCCGGUUGAAGCUGAAAGAAAUGACUCACCUGGUUCGCCGCCGCCACCGGAUCCGGUUGAAGCUGAAAGAAAUGACUCACCUGGGUCGCCGCCGCCACCGGAUCCGGUUGAAGCUGAAAGAAAUGACUCACCUGCGUCGCCGCCGCCACCGGAUCCGGUUGAAGCUGAAAGAAAUGACUCACCUGCGUCGCCGCCGCCACCGGAUCUGGUUGAAGCUGAAAGAAAUGACUCACCUGCGUCGCCGUUGCCACCGAAUCCGGUUGAAGCUGAAAGAAAUAACUCGCCCCGUGCGUCACUAAUGCCAUCAAGAUCUGAAGAUGCCCAAAGAAAUAAUCCGACCGGAAUCCCGGAAGAGGGUAAUGUUAGACAGUCUGGUAACGACAUUGAAGCUCCAAAUGACUGGGAAACUACAAAAGCGGAUAUACCGUUAUUUGAAUUUGAUGCCCUUUCUGCGGGUGCUCAAUUUAAUGUCGGUCCAGGUACGACGGUCGUAGAUGUUUUUCAUAAAACGUUCCCACCUAAUAUUAUUGACUAUAUUGUAACAUGCACUAACGCCUAUGGAAAAGCACUUUGUUUGUCAAAAAGACCAGCAACCAGGAAUACACGUCAUUACAAUUUUAAAGACACGAACCAAGAAGAAGUCCGUAAGUUUCUCGGUUUGUGUUUGCUUAUGGGUCAAAUAAAAAUUCCCCAAAAACGAAAGCAUUUUACAUACAGUGAUCCACUGUAUUACCACCCAAUAUUUUCUUUUAUAAUGUCAGCAAGAAGAUUCGAACAAAUUCUAAGAUGCCUAUGUGCAUCAGAUUUAACAGCAAAAGGAAAAGAAAAAAUUGUUAAUUUUAUUGAAAUGUUGUGUAAGAACUUCAGAGAUUGUUAUAAGCCAUACAGAGAUCUCAGUUCGGAUGAAUCUCUGCUCUUAUUCCGGGGUCGACUAUCAUUCCGGCAAUACAUAAAAAGCAAAAAAGCCCGUUAUAGCAUAAAAUUCUACGAACUGACAUCAUCAGAUGGUUAUGUUCUAAAUUUAAUGAUGUAUGCCGGAAAAGACGCUGAAAACGAGGUUCAGAAAGGAAAAAAAACCGAAAAGCUUGUGCUUCAUCUCAUGAAACCAUAUUUGCUCAAAGGACAAAAGGAGAAAAAUAAUAAAAACAAACAUAACCUUUAGUGUUUUAUUGACUGA